CAAUUAUCCACAGUCGCAUUUCAGCACCAGACUCUAAACUAAGAAUGGGUUUUGUUCAUUCCUUGUCUUCUUCUAGUAUGGUGGUUUGUGUGUUAUUAGGUUUUGUUUUGAUCUUGGGAGGGAAGUCUUCAGCCCAGUUGUCUACAGAUUUUUACUCAAAAAGUUGUCCAAAGCUUUUCAGCACUGUGAAAUCUGUUGUUGAAGAUGCAGUGUCGAAAGAGCGGCGCAUGGGUGCUUCUCUUGUUCGUCUCCUCUUCCAUGACUGUUUUGUCAAUGGGUGUGAUGGGUCUAUACUCCUAGAAGACACUUCUUCUUUCAGAGGAGAGCAGACAGCAGGUCCAAAUAACAAUUCAGUCAGAGGAUUCAAUGUUAUAAAUAAAAUAAAGGCUAAGGUGGAGCAAGUUUGCCCAGGCAUUGUCUCCUGUGCUGAUAUUGUCGCUAUUGCUGCUCGCGAUUCUACUGUUAUUCUUGGAGGACCAAAUUGGAAUGUUAAGCUUGGAAGAAGGGACUCAAAGACAGCAAGCUUUUCUGCAGCUAAUAGUGGUGUUAUCCCUCCUCCCACUUCUACCCUCAGCAAUCUCAUCAAUCGCUUUCAAGCCAAAGGCCUCUCUGCCAAGGACAUGGUUGCUUUGUCUGGAUCCCACACAAUUGGUCAAGCAAGGUGUGUAAUUUUCAGGGCUCGCAUAUACAACGAUACUAAUAUUGACAGUUCAUUUGCUAGCACAAGGCAAAAGAACUGCCCACUUCCUACAGGCUCAGGAGACAACAACUUAGCACCUUUAGACGUCCAAACUCCUACUGCUUUUGACAACGAUUACUACAAGAACCUCCUCAACCAAAAGGGUCUCCUCCACUCUGAUCAAGUUCUGUUUAAUGGUGGAUCUACAGAUUCUUUGGUCAGAAAAUACAGCAGCAAUCCAAAAACCUUCAAUUCUGACUUUGCUGCUGCAAUGAUCAAGAUGGGUGAUAUUGACCCACUGACUGGAUCUAAAGGAGAAAUUAGGAAGAAAUGCAAUAAGGUUAACUAGUUUCUUAUGUUAUAUAUUGUUGUAUUGUUCUUGGAAAGUGAUGUCUUUUAAGUGUGAAUAUAGUCUUUUUAUGUUUAGGAUGCUGUAUUUGAAUAAGAGAGAUGCUGCAAAAGAGUUGGAGCAUGCAUGAAGAUCAUGUAAUCUUCUUUAUUUAAUUAAGUUUGGUCUAUUUUUAAAGGUUAAUUAAAAGUUGAAAUACUUUGUGUUUACUAAUUUUAUCAAUGGGAUUUUUAUAAUUUA